UUUCAUCCUUGCUCUGGGUGCUGCCCGGGACUGGCCGACCCUGGAGGCAGAGGCUCGUGUUGUUGACGCAAACUGAUUAGAUUCCUUCAAGCCUUGUGCAUCGAAACUGCCCAAGAGUGUAGAGAGCUGCUCGCCGUCUCUCUGCACUUCCCACAAGUGCUGCUGGGGAACUUUCCCAGCCCGGCCCACAGGUUGCUAGAGGGUCAGACCGAAAGGACCCGCCUUUCCCAGACUGGGGCCCAGUAGGAGGAAGGUUGUUCCCAAGGCCACGUGAAGCUUCCUCGAACAGGCAGGACUAAUGCAAGAGGAAAUUUAAGGACGGCCCGAUCUCUAAGACGCGGAGCCCCAGCUGCCACCGCUGGCCACAGAGGCCACCUCGCCCGCCGAGCGCAGGUCGGGACCGCGGAGCUAUGGCCAACCGCACCCUGGACAGGCGCCUCGGGCUGCCGCCGCUGCCGCCGCUGCUGCUGCUGCUUCUGCUGCCGCCGCCGCUGCUGUUGGUCACCGCGGCUCGGAAGAACCCUCCAGGAGUCUACUAUGCAACUGCCUACUGGAAGCCUGCUGAAAAGACAGUAGAAGUCAAAAAAGUAAUAGACAAGAAUGGGGAUGCCUAUGGCUUCUACAAUAACUCCAUGAAUGCCACAGGCUGGGGCAUCCUGGAGAUCAGAGCUGGGUAUGGUUCUCAAGCCCUGAGCAAUGAGAUGACCAUGUUUGUGGCUGGCGUUUUGGAAGGUUACCUCACUGCCCCACAUAUGUAUGACCACUUCACAAACCUCUACCCUCAGCUGAUCAAGAAACCUUCCAUCAUGAAUAAAGUUCAAGCUUUUAUGGCGAAACAAGAUGAAUGGACCCGGGAAAAUAUCAAACAAUACAAGGAUGACCCAUUUUGGAGACAUACAGGCUAUGUUAUGUCACAACUGGAUGGGCUCUAUGUAGGAGCAAUAAAGAGGGCUAAAUUAGAAGAAACGAAGCCCAUGACCCUGUUCCAGAUCCAGUUCCUAAAUGCUGUUGGAGAUCUCUUGGAUCUCAUUCCCUCACUCUCCCCCAUGAAAGAUAUCAACCUGAAGGUUUUUAAGAGAUGGGACAUGGGACAUUGCUCUGCUCUUAUCAAGGUUCUUCCUGGAUUUGAGAACAUCUACUUUGCUCACUCAAGCUGGUACACAUAUGCAGCCAUGCUCAGGAUAUACAAACACUGGGACUUCAACAUCAAAGAUAAAGAAAGCAGCAGUAAUCGCCUCUCUUUCAGCAGUUAUCCAGGGUUUCUGGAGUCUUUGGAUGACUUUUACAUUCUUAGCAGUGGUUUGAUAUUGCUGCAGACCACAAACAGUGUGUAUAAUAAAACCUUAUUAAAGGAGGUGACACCUCGGUCUCUUCUGGCCUGGCAAAGGGUCCGUGUGGCCAAUAUGAUGGCAGAUGAUGGUCAGACGUGGGCAGAGAUCUUUUCAAGACACAACUCUGGCACCUAUAACAAUCAGUACAUGGUCCUGGACCUGAAGAGGGUAAAGCUGAACCACAGCCUUGGCAAAGGCACUCUGUACAUUGUGGAGCAAAUUCCUUCGUAUGUAGAAUAUUCUGAACAAACUGAUGUGCUCCGGAAAGGAUAUUGGCCCUCCUACAACAUACCUUUCCAUGAAAAAAUCUACAACUGGAGUGGCUAUCCAUUGUUAGUUCAGAAGUUGGGUUUGGACUACUCUUAUGAUUUAGCUCCACGAGCCAAAAUCUUCCGGCGUGACCAAGGGAAAGUGACUGAUAUGGCAUCUAUGAAAUAUAUCAUGCGAUACAACAAUUACAAGCAAGAUCCUUACAGUAAGGGUGAUCCCUGCAAUACCAUCUGUUGCCGUGAGGACCUGAAUGCACCUAACCCAAGUCCCGGAGGGUGUUAUGACACAAAGGUGGCAGAUAUCUACCUAGCAUCUCAGUACACAGCCUAUGCCAUUAGUGGUCCCACAGUACAAGGCGGCCUCCCUGUUUUUCACUGGCACCGUUUCAACAAAACUCUCCAUCAUGGCAUGCCAGAGGCUUAUAACUUUGAUUUUAUUACCAUGAAGCCAGUUUUGAAACUUGACAUAAAAUGAGGGAGGGAGAUAAGGGAAUAGAAGGGGAUUAAGGCUGCAAGUAAAAUACCAAAGCUAUGUUUUUUCCAUUAGAAAUACUCUUAAUAUAAUAAAUCCAUUUGUCUCUUUCA